AUCAACCUGACAUGCAAGGCAGUCCUACAAGCAAUAACAAACAUGGAUCAUGCGCAGAAUGAUGCCAUUGAAUAUGUACCAAAUAUGCCACCAUCGAGAGACUUUAUGAGUGCUAUUGAGCGUGAUCCAAUUGCAACUGUCCGCACAAUUGUUCAUCAGACAGAUCUUCAACUGCUAUGUGACAUUGACAUUCGUUGGUCAUCAACAUUAUUGAUGAUCGAGUGUGCAAUCUUAUUACAUGCAGCCAUUGAUAGGUUUCUUGACAGCCAUGACUUCCCAGAGCUCAAGAAAUAUAAGCUCAAUGAUGUGGAAUGGCAGGCCCUCGAUGUUUUCAAGGAUAUUCUCAGUGUUCCACAUGCUUUCCAGCAGAAGCUUUCAUCCGAGAAGACACCAACAUUGUGUGACAGCAUUCCGUCAUUUGAAGCCAUGAGUCGAGUGUGGCAACAACAAGCUGACAAAUAUCCUGACCGUGCAGCUGUCAUUCAGCCUGGACUUGAUAAGCUCGAAGCUUAUCGUGCUCGUAUAUCUUGUGUACCAGCUUAUGUUUUGGCAAUGGGUGAGUCCUUGAAAAUAUUCAGAUGCGAAGUUUAG